AUGGAAUCACAGAAAAAUAUCUUGAAUUAUUUGGAAAAAGAUCAUGAAAUAUCUCAUUCAUUGCAUGAUUUACUUGAUCCAUUAAUAAAAACUAUGUUUUUAAAUCUAAAAAAUGUAUAUAAUACAAAAAAGAAAUUAAAAGAGCAAUUAGAUUGUCUUAUAGAAAAACUUAAGAUAUAUCUAGAUCUUGUUAAUUCUCAUGUUCUUGAAGGUAUAUAUUCAGAUUGUAUACAGCUUAAAGCAAGAAUAGAACUGAUUCAUAAGACAUUUGAAGAAAUUAAAUCAAGAAUAGAAAAAUGUUCUAUUUUAAAUCAAUAUUAAUCAUAAUAUAUAUAUAUAUAUCUUUUGAAAAAAAUUAUAUAUAUAUUU